AUGUCAGAUCGACUUCGUCAUCGCCGUCAAUAUCGGCAUACCCCUAUCGUCCCUCGACGCAAGGCCCUCCCCCCAUCUGUACCCUCUUCCCAGCCGCUCAACAGACCGCUCGCUGCACGUCUCACCACACCACCACCAGUCGUUGUCCCAUCCACCCCUACGGUCCCUCUCCAGUACCGUAUCUCUGCACCACCUAUCCCCUCCUUCGCACGUCGUGAUCCCAUCGAUCUCGUUGCCAUCGUAGGCUCCAAGGUCAGUGCCAUCAUCAAAAGACUGCAGGCCAUUUUCGAUCGCAAGGACCAGUUGCUCAACAUCCCCCACGACCAUCGGCUCGCCCUUCAGCGCAUCGGCGACAGGCUCGAGUGGAUAUUCGACAACAUCGAGAACGGCUCUUCGUGGACACGCAGUUAG